AGCAGUGAUAUCAGUAUCAGUGAAAAACAAAUGCUAAAGGUGCUCUACACAUAACUGUAUUUUAAAAAAGAUAGGAUUGUGAGGCAGUGCCUAGGACGAGUAUGAAAAGGAACAGGAGUUUUUCUCUGCUGUGUAGUACCUGUGUUAUUUUAGGAGAAGAAACACCCACCCCUUCUGUCAAUCUCAGUUCAGUCUUAAUCCCUGUGUUUUAUGGUUCUCCAUUCUUUGCAGCACAAUUUGAAAAGUGAUUGUCCAAGAGGGAAAUAAGUGGACCUUGAACUGCAGAUCGACUUCCUGAUUUUUUAAAUAGGUUGAGUUGGUCUGGAAAGCUGCAAGAAGGCUCUUCCUUGAUGGGAGGGGAGACAGAUGCCUCACUUGCAUUGUAUUGUCUCUGUGCCCUUCCUUGCUUACUACUUAAUAAAUAAACCGUAGCCAAUUUCUUCUGAAGAAGAGAGGACAACAGAAACAUUUCAAAAGAAAAUGACGCAGAGAAGAGUGCAGAAUAUGGAAGUCACUACCUGCCUGGAUGCUCACAGCUCCAAAGACUCUUAUGUUUUUAAAAUAGUUCUUCUGGGUAGUUCCUCUGUAGGAAAAUCAAGCUUAGCCUACCGUUAUGUGAAAAAAGACUUCCGGGACUCUCUUCCUACAGUGGGAUGUUCCUUCUUCACACAGACUCUAAGAUUAGAUAAUUCUACCAUUAAGUUGGAGAUCUGGGACACCGCAGGACAAGAGAAGUACCAUAGUGUUUGCCAUCUGUAUUACAGAGGUGCUAAUGCUGCUAUUCUGGUUUAUGAUAUUACCAAGAAGGAAAGUUUAGAGAAAGCAAAGGUAUGGCUAAGGGAACUGGAAAAGGAAUUCCUCCAGGAUGAAAUAAUAAUAGUUUUGGUUGGCAAUAAGGUAGAUCUUUCACCAGAAAGAGAGGUCACACUACAGGAAGCAGAAGACUUUGCAAACACAAAAAGCAUGUUGUAUAUGGAAACAUCAGCAAAAACCAAUCACCAAGUGACAGAACUCUUCACAGCCUUAGCUCAUGAACUGUUAAAACAAAGGCAACAGAAAGAGAAGUCCUUACAUGCAACACACAGGAAGAAAUCAAGCAUUGAUCUACAAGAGUCAACAUUUAACAGCAUAAAAUGCUGUCAGAAAUAAAGCCAAGCAUUCUAACAUGAGAUGGUAAGCACUAUUGGAGCUGCUGUGAAAAUAUAACAUUUUUAUUUAGAUAAUUAAGGCUUCCACCUGUAGAAGCAUGUUACAGCCUAAAUUCUGUUUGUUAGUCCCAACUGCAGUAAUCCUGUCAAAUCUAAUUGUUGAAUGUCAUGUCAGCAUGUAGGUAAAUGCCAUUAAUUCAGUGGGUUCUCUAUAAUUGGGACUACCAAUAAGCUCCAGGCUCCUAUCAUUUUCCUGUGCUCUUUGUAAUAUUAGAUAGAGCAUAUUUAGCAAUGGUAAUGGACUGAGUUAGUACUUGUGUCAGGUUUUCCAAUAGUCUAACUAUUUGCUUCAAAGAAGAGUUUUAUUAUUCUCCAAAUAGUACUUUAUUUGUUAACAAAUAUUCAUGACCUUCUUUGUCGGAACUAAAUGAUGUCUACAGAAUAAUCCUUACAAAAGGUCUGGCAUACUGAGCUGUUCAUAGAUUUAUCACCCAUACCCGUAGCCUUUUAUUUUAUGUGAGAAGAUUCAGUCUCCCAGUUUCAUUUAAACCUAGGCAUAAACACACUUUUAUUACUUCCUCAUUUUCCUGAUUUCCCUUUGAUAUUCCCAGCCAAAUAGUCUACUAUAAACCUUAUAUAUUUCAAUAUAGUAUAUAUACAAUGGUUGUGUGUCCCAUAUUGACAUUUUUGGCAUGACUUCAAAGUAGUCGCAAUGACUUCUGAAUCAUCCAUUAGUUAUUCAGAUGCAUUAUAAUUUUUCAGAAAGAAACUGUAGAAAAAAAAUGUAUUAUUUCCUAAGUAUGUUUGGACUCAUCAGUUCAGAGAAAUCUAGUCCGUUAGGCUGCCUCAACAUCUGAUGCUGCGAAAACAGGCCAAGGGGAGUGUAAUGGAUCUUGUCUACCGUAAAGGGUUGGUGAGUGGCCUACCUUGCAGGGCUGGUGUGUGGCCAUUUGCAGGCCUUGCUUGCAAAAGCUCAGCCAAGCAAGGGGGAGGAGCGAUCAUGCAGCCAUUAUUGCAAGUGCAGUCUGAUUGGCUGAUGCAAAUGGGGAGAGUUGCUUAGCAACCAGAGAUGGGCGGAGCCAAAGUGACAGUUGGAGCUAGGCAGUCAAGAGAAUUGUUCUGUUCAGCUUGGAAUCCAGUCAGAGAAUUGGUUUUUGAAGUAUGGAGAUAGAUAUAAGUUUUGGGAACUGUGUUUUUUAAAGGAACCUCUUUGAGAAAUAUAGUUAAAAGCCUUCAGGAAAGGAAGGGCAGAGAACUAUAUUGUGACUCUAUAGUCUAGAGUAUUGGUGUUAAAUCCCAGGAGAAGUGGAUUUAAGAGUUUAAAUUGCCCUGUUUCUGUUUCCUUUAUGAAGGAACAUAUUUCACAGAAUCCAUGUUAUAAAACCAUCCUUUGUAAGAGAAGAGCCUAACUUGUUAUUGAAACCACUAUGCAUCUUUACUGUUCAAUGUUAAUGAAACCGCUAUGUUUCUUUACUAUUCAAAUACAAAUAAACAACAACUUCUUGUUUUUCCUCA